GCAAGUACUUACGCAUGACGUGCCAUUGUUGUCUACGUAGCUACGUCCCUUUCAAAGAAAAGGCGGUUGGUGGAGCAAAUCGCAGUGGGCAUUUCCAAAGACAGUAAAUACACUUGAGUUUUUCUUCUCCAUUAUUGGACACAUUCGUCUGUGAUCUGCAGAAACCUCCAUCCAGAACUGGGUUCUACAGUUUGAACCCCUGCUGUCUGGCUCCACACCCAGCCAUCCAGCUAAUGAGCCAUCAUGUAUGACAUUCCAGGAAUCAACGUGGUGGACUUCUGUGGCCAGAACAUCCAGGGCAACGGGAUGAUUGUCAACUCACACCAGGAGUCCAAGAAGUACUACUUUGUCACCAUGGGAACAGACUGCCACUUCACUAUGCAGGCGGCCUCCCCCAAGGACAAGGUACAGUUCCACUUCCGCUUCUUCCUGGUCUACAGCCUGCUUCGUUUAGCACCCCAAAGUCCCACCCCCCUCUUCCCUGAGUCCCCCGGGGACCUCCGAUUGGAGCCUUCGAAUCCAGUGGUGGAGCCAAGGGACCCGUGUCAUGCGGGGUCAUACAUUCAGUUCUAUGAUGGGCGGGACAAGAACUCGCCUCCAAUUGGGCCACCGCUGUGUGGGAAGAGCCCACCCCGUCCGGUGCUGUCCACAGGGAAUCACCUGACCCUGCGUCUGGUAACCCGCGGUACCCAGCCAAGAGUGGACUUUGUGGGGGACUUUACCUCCUUCAGACUGGGUUUUAACCAAUCCGCGUGCAGCGGCGAACCUUAUUUCCCGUGUCGCAAUGGGAAGUGUAUCCCCGUGAGUCUGGUGUGUGACGACAAGGGCAUUGAUAACUGUGGGGACGGGAGCGACCUGGAGGAUCACCUGCCCUCAGGGUGCAAAGGUCACUUAGCAGGUCAGCUGGCUCCAGCCCAAGCCACUUCCCCAGCAGUGAUCCUAACCCCUCCUGUCUUAAACCCUCCGGACGGCGUACCCAAUCACGACUCAGUGACAGACUCUCCACCCUAUCUGUCUCUGCUGGCGCUCUUCAUCAUCCUGGGUGUGAUAGCUGGUUUGGUCCUGCUGUGUUGGUGGUGCUGGUCUCCAGGCUGGUUCCUCUGCAGGAUCAUUGUCUGCCGCUUCCUACCCUGCUGUAACUCAGCCUGCGCCUCCUGCAAGCUCUGUGCCCGAAGCUGUUCCCAGAACAAGGAGCACCGACUGACUAAGGUUUCACCACAAGGACAGGUCACAAUCAACAAUGCCGCCUUGGCCCCCCUCACCACAGCCACAGCUAGCGCAACUACUGUCACUGUGUAGGGAGUCGCUAUAUAGUGUAGGACUGUUAUCGCUAUGUAGGGUAACCACCAUGAUGGCUAACAGUGAGACAGAUGGACUCAUGGACAUGAUGACCCAGAUUUCAUGUUCUAGACUGAUGGACUGAGAUGAGACACAUCUUUUUGCUAGUUUACAAGAAUGUCAUGGAAGAAGGGUUACUGCAGGGUGUACAUUUGCGACAAAUGAGACAUUGUCAUUAUCUUCUCCCCACAUUUGGACAGUUCUUAAAAUGGGGGAGGCUUCACUUUUGAAUGUUUCACUCACUGUAUGAUCCUUUUUUGUUGUUGCUUUAAAAAAUAAAUGACUGGCGCUAAAUCCGCUCCACUCAAAUUGG